ACGUUUUUUCGCUCUACUUUGUCAAAUAGGAAACUCAAAGCCUCUCCGUAGAUUUUGUUUUCCAACAUGAAUGAGAUGCCUUUUCAGGCACAGUUCUUUAAAGAGAAUGUCUACAACCUUUAAAAAGAUGUACCAGUCCACUUUACAACAAUUACCUGGUACUGAGGAAGAAGUUGUAAAGAAAAAAAGGUUUCAACGUUUUAUGGAUUCUUGGGCUUUUAACAGAUUAACUCCCGAAACAAAAUGGACAACUUAUCAAGAUUUUUCUACAGAGGCAGUCAUGGAGAUAUUAGAAGAUCGUAAACGACAGAAGAGAAUUAAAAGCCAAAGCUUCGACAUGAAACGCUACAACAACUUUGGUCCUGAAUUAUCAGCAGCUCAGUUUGUUGUCAAAAUUGGCGGAAAAGUGAAAAUUGAUGAUUAUCCCGAGUGGGUCCCAAUAACAGAUGACCCUUCAUCAAUGCCUCUGCCAGAACAACGCCUAGACAAAUUAAAAUUAGAAGGCUUAGACCUCUCAGGAACUAAUCUGGUAUUCGAAGGAUACAGAAAUUUUGUGAAUCUGCAGCACAUCAAAUAUAUCCGUGUCCACGACAGCGACUUUCUUGAUGACUUCAACUUGACACAAUUUGUACUUUUCCGAGAUACAUUGGAAUUCCUUGACAUCAGUGGCUGUCCCAAGUUGACAUGGCGAGGACUGGCCUGGCUCCACCACCUAGAGAAUUUGAAAUGUUUAAAACUAGAUAAUUUGAAGGGUGUAGAUGAUCCAGAAAUUGUGUUAGAUUUAGUUUGUGACAUGCUACCAAACUGUCAAGUCCAAGGGACUAUAGGGAUUUCACCAGCGCAGGAGGAGACGGAGCACGCGCCAUCGAAACCAGAAUCUAUAUCGUCAACAGAGCUAUAGCCAUAACUAACAGCAAUGACUACAUCUUAUUUGUCAUCAAACAAUAAUUGUGUUACCGUUAAAAGUAUUUCAGAAAUAAAUUGUAUUUAUUUAAA